AAUCUUUCAAGGUAUCGAGCUGUACUCCUAGUAAUCCUAGUGAUAUCUGCCAACUGGAAAACACACAUUUUUGGAAGAAUUUAAAUCAUUUUCACAAUGAAGGUCAUCAACAUUCACUGGACACCCUGCCUGAUUUUCUGCAUUGUGGUCAUAUACUUACUGCUGACACUGACGUUUUUGAGCCUUUAUGUAUCUAAAAAUGAACCAGUGCUACCGGUAACCAGCCAUCUCACGCCCAAACAUAACCAUCUGAAGAUUGAAACAAGUGCCAAACCGGAGAUCCUUACCGCUCAGCCGCAGCUCAAUGCCUGGAAGCAAUCUUCAUUGAUUAAUUCAGAUAUAACACCACAAUUCCUGUAUAAAGGCGGUCGUAAGGAUGUAAUGUUCGUAAUUGGAGUGCCCACUGUGGCGAGGCCCAAAAGGAGUUAUGUGCUGGAUACCAUUGACAAUUUGAUCCAAAGAAUGACUCCAGAACAGCGAAAAAUUUGCUUAAUUGUGAUCUAUGUGGGCGAGACUAGCCUCCAUUUCGGCAAGUUGAUAGUCAAGGAAUUAAGAGUGAAACACGGCGAGUAUUUGAAAUCAGGCCUCAUCGAUGUGAUUGCUCCACAACUUCACUACUAUCCCAACUUUACGGAACUCCACACCACUAUGCAAGAUGAUCCACAGAGAGUUCGCUGGAGGACAAAACAAAACUUGGACUACAUAUACCUAAUGUCCUAUGCCCAAUCGAAGGGUUCUUACUACCUACAGCUGGAGGAUGAUAUAAUACCCAACGAGGGAUUUCUGAACUAUAUAGAGAAGUCGGCUCUUAUGCAUGGCCUCUUCCGCUUUGAUCAUCAACUGGAUUGGAUUGCCAUGAGCUUCUCUGACUUGGGCUUCGUGGGAAAGCUGUUUCCCAGUUCGGUUCUUCAGUCCUUUAUCACCCAUCUGCAGCUGUUUUGUGACCACCAAUCCAUCGAAUCGCUGCUCCAGAGCUUUGUAACCCUGCAGAGUUGCCGAUGGGAUAGUAUCUCGGAACCGGACUGUGAGCGGAUUGUGGAGUCGAGGAUAAUCCAGGUGGAGCACUCACAGUUCCAGCAUAUGGGCAAGCAAUCUUCACUGAAGCAGAAGUCGCAGCAACACAAUGUGGUAAAGCAGCGUUUGCCACAUCUUCAUCAAUCCCUCGACCUGGUUGCCUCCCAUCACAACUCCCUUCUACGACAGAAUCUCAACCUGCAACCCGGGGAAACCUUCAUUUGGAUGUACAUGCCACAGAUGCCCAAGAUGAUGGAGAACUUGAUAAGCAAUCAAAACAAAGGGAAGGAGAUUCGCAUCAGAAAUCACAAGGAAGCAGAAAAGACUCUACCCGAGUUUAGUGUGGAGCUGGUGGAGAAGUUGUCCGACUUGGAUAUGAACGCCACAUUGAACCCACUCUGUGGCUUUCUUAUGAGCCACACCCUAACUUCAGAGGAGAAAGACAAGGCUGACAAGUACAUGUUUUACUAUAUAAAAGAGGAUUCAGAGGAUACUCUCACCUGGUUUCGUAGCUUCCUUUGGGCGAAAGAUGGCACUGGAAGGCCAAGUUUAGAUUGGUUUCCGGUCUAUAUUUGGGCCAUAAGCUCAUUUUAUGCGCUUUAGUUUUGGAUAAUAAAAUUACCUAUGAAAUUCAAA